CGACAGUAGCGCGCGCAGACGCUGCUUCAAUUUUUCAUCCACAUUCGACUUAUUGUAUAUUUAUGAUUCUAAAAUAACACAGUAGAGACUCCGAUUUGAUAUUUUUUAAGCCAAUAUAAAAAAGCUGUGCAUAGACAACAUGGCUCCUAAUUCGGUAGAGACCGAGACAGUGAGGGACGAGAGCCCGAAGUCUAGUGAUGCAGUGAUGGACACAAAGCAAAAGUCGGGAACGUACUUUCGUGGCAAAAUAAGAUGGCAGACCACAAUCGUCCUCGCAGCAGUUCACGCGCUUGCUGUCUACGGACUGCUGACCUUCCCUUAUCUACAAAGUUGGAAGACUUUACUGUGGGCAUACUUUGUCGCCAUGUACACGAUGAUCGGAAUCAACGGAGGCGUACAUCGUCUCUGGUGCCAUAAGUCGUUCAAGGCCAACGUACCUCUCAGGAUGAUCCUUGCUUGGUUUUACCUCACAGCCGCUCAGGUGUCCUUCAAAAAGUGGGUACAGUACCACAGGUGUCACCAUAGAUAUAUGGAGACAGACGCCGAUCCCCACAACAGCCAACGAGGCUUCUUCUUCUCUCACAUCGGCUGGCUGAUGAUUCAGAAGACUCCCGAGACCCGCAAGAGAUUGAAGGAGGUCGACCUGAGCGACAUGGAGGCCGACCCUGUCAUCAGGUUCUGUGACAAGUAUUACGUUCCCCUGGCCAUAGCCGUCCAAGUGUUCUCCGUCCUGGUACCGGUGUACGGCUGGAACGAGUCCUGGAAAGUGGCCAUCCUGUCCCAGACCAUCAGAUACGCCUACACCCUCAACGCCAUGUUCUCCAUCAACAGCUUCGCUCACAUGUGGGGCUACAAGCCUUACGACAAGAACAUCGCACCGGUGGAGAACAGGUGGACGUCGUAUGUGUCCUUCGGCGAGGGUUGGCACAACUAUCAUCAUACCUUCCCUUACGACUACCGGACUCCGGAGAUCGGUGGUCCCAGGUUCGACGUCGUCGCCUGGUUCAUCGCAUUGUUCGGCAUGAUCGGUUGGGCCUACGACCUCAAGAAACCAUCGCCCAAUCUCGUCCAGAAGACAAUGAACAACAAGGGCGACGGUACUUUCAUGAAAGCUGCCGUGUCUUAAUAUGAUUGUUGAUGUUUUGAACUAUUUUCGGUAUAAUAAUCAGUGGUAUUUUAAGGUUUUUACGCGUGCCUUACGUUGCAUAUUUCAAUAAGCUUGACUGAAUUAUAACUGUUUGCGUUCAGGUGAAUAUCAUAUACACAGCUUGAGUAUAUAUAUAUAUAUAUAUAUAUAUAUAUAUAUAUAUAUAUAUAUAUAUAUAUAUAUAUAUAAAAGAAAUAUCAUACUGCAUGUAUACCAUAUAAGCUUACUAUUACGUACUAAUUUAGAAUGCGUAUAUCUUUAUUAACAACGCUGCUACACGUUCGCUAUUUUGUUAAUUUAUGCCGAUAUAAUUAAGUAUUAGUUUGUUAAGUUAAUAUAAGACGCAAUAAAGUUUGUUAUAUAAUA